UGACUCUUUUUCCAAGGAAUCGCUCCAUAACCCUCGAAAUUUCAUCUCUUUCUACCCAUCUCUCACUAGCUGUUUGAAAGCUCGAAAAGCAUUGAACAACAGAACAAAACUCAUGGCAAUGGCUGGGCGUCUCAGAUCGGGUCUGCCUCUACUCAAUAGGAUUUUGAGAUCUGAUUCCCUCUCUGCUUCCGGAUCGGCCGUUGAACGCUCCGUUCUUUGCCCUGCUUUCACAUCUGAGUCUUCAAAACAUUUUGCUACUGCAUCUGGACAAAAGGAGGAGAAGGUUAAGGUGCCACUUGUUUUGUUUGGGGCAUCUGGAAACUAUGCUUCUGCUUUGUACAUUGCAGCCAAAAAGGCUAAUGCACUGGACAAGGUUGAGUCUGAAAUUCUUGACCUUGUGGAGGCUUCAAAGAGAAGCCCUACAUUUUCCCAGUUCACAAAGGACUCGUCAGUGCGUGCUGAAACAAGAGUCAAGGCUAUCGAUGAAAUUUGUGGCCAAGCUAAAUUUUCAGAUCUUACAAGGAACUUUUUAGUUGUGGUGGCUGAGAAUGGCAGGCUAAGAAACUUAGAUACCUUUGCAAAGAGAUUUGUGGAGUUGACCAUGGCAGACAAGGGAGAAGUGAAAGCUAUAGUCACAAGCGUAAUUCCCUUGCCUCCAGAAGAGGAGAGAGAAUUGAAGGAGACACUGCAGGAAAUAAUUGGAAAAGGAAAGAAAGUUAAGCUCGAACAGAAGAUUGAUCCAAGUAUUCUUGGGGGCCUUGUGGUAGAGUUUGGGCAGAAGGUGUUUGAUAUGUCCAUUAAAACAAGGGCGAAGCAGAUGGAGAGGUUCUUGCGUGAGCCUAUUAACUUGGGCACCAUUUAAUUGCCCGUCUUGAGGAUACUUCUUUAUCAACUUCCAUCAAUGGUCUAGAAAGGAAAAAGUACUUUGAACUUUUUGGUUGGUUUUGUUCUGUUGUACCCUCCAUUUCAUGUGAUGGGAAAGCAUCUGUUUGCAAAUAAAAAUUUGUUCAGGGCAAUCACUAACAGACCUCUACUUUCUUGAUUUUCAACUUAUUGGUAUUUUUGGAGGUCCUAAUUUGUUUAAAUAUUACUGGUCUGUUUGGUA